GUUAUACGGCAUCAAGUGCGCCAAGUGCAGCAUCGGCUUCAGCAAGAAUGACUUCGUGAUGCGCGCCCGCGCCAAGGUGUACCACAUCGAGUGUUUCCGCUGCGUGGCCUGCAGCCGCCAGCUCAUCCCCGGCGAUGAAUUCGCGCUGCGGGAGGACGGCCUCUUCUGCCGGGCGGACCACGACGUGGUGGAGCGGGCCAGCCUGGGCGCCGGGGACCCCCUCAGCCCCCUGCACCCGGCCCGGCCGCUGCAGAUGGCAGCAGAACCUAUCUCUGCCAGACAGCCAGCUCUGCGGCCCCACGUCCACAAGCAGCCUGAGAAGACCACCCGAGUCCGAACUGUCCUUAAUGAAAAGCAGCUUCACACCUUGAGGACCUGCUAUGCUGCCAACCCCAGACCUGACGCCCUCAUGAAAGAGCAACUGGUAGAAAUGACUGGCCUCAGCCCGAGGGUCAUCAGGGUUUGGUUUCAAAACAAGCGAUGCAAGGACAAAAAAAGGAGCAUUAUGAUGAAACAACUUCAGCAGCAGCAACCCAAUGACAAAACUAAUAUCCAAGGGAUGACAGGAACUCCUAUGGUGGCUGCUAGUCCAGAGAGACAUGAUGGUGGUUUACAGGCAAACCCGGUGGAAGUGCAGAGUUACCAACCACCCUGGAAAGUACUGAGUGACUUCGCAUUGCAGAGUGACAUAGAUCAACCUGCUUUUCAGCAACUAGUUAAUUUUUCAGAAGGAGGACCUGGUUCCAAUUCUACUGGAAGUGAAGUGGCAUCAAUGUCCUCUCAGCUCCCAGAUACGCCCAACAGCAUGGUAGCCAGUCCUAUUGAGGCAUGAGGAAAAUUCAUCCAGAGUUCUGAUGUUGUUGUUUCUUCCCUUACCCUCAGCCCUGUUGGAGAGAGUGGGAAAGUGAUCAUGUUUGGACUCCGAAAUUUAGGUGGGAAAAGUAUUUAAUGGCCCUUUAAUGAACCUGGCAAGGAACCGCUCCAUGAAACAAACGGAGUCAUGUUUGAAAAGAGAAGGUAAUAUGGUAGCAACACUGUGAAGACAAUCAUGGGAUCUUACUAGAAUAAUGCUAAAACAAACAAAAAACCACCAUGCUUCUCAAUGAUCUUGACGAGGAUCGAAAAGACAUUUUCAAAAUAUAGGGGAUAUGUACUCAUGAAUCUUUAAAAAAAAAAUUACAUUUGACUGCACAUCUUAGAGAGAAACCAAGAUAGAGGGACUUUCUCCUAACCCGAAUGGUGCUGUUUCUAUAUUGGUCAUUGCCUUGCCAAAAGGAGCUCCGGUAGGUUUUCCAACAUCAAGAAAGAGACGAUUUAGCCCCGCGUUGUUGAAAGAUUCAUUGCAGGAAGGUGGAGCUGCAUUGGUUUGCAAUGUUGUUUUUAGUUGACUCUUAACAAGGGGUUGUUUCCUGGGUCUCUUAUAGCAUGUACUGUAGCGGGGUUUUGGUUUGUGUUUGGUUGAGAUCCACCCUCUAUCAAGUCUGAAGUAAUUAAUAAAUAGGUUUUUGAAUUACUCUUUAAAAACCAUUUAUAAAAGCAUUGCAACAAGGUAUACCUCUAUUUUGCCACAAAGCGUCUCGGGAUUGUGUUUGAAAUGUGUCUGUCCAAGAACCUUCCCCUCCCCCA